AUGAGUUUCAACAAAGUGCCCAACGUCCCUGGAUCUCCUGCGCUUUCUGCCCUUCUUAAGGUCAGCGAAGGAGGACAUCGUGCUGUCAUGUUCAAUCGAUUAACUGGUAUCAAGGAAAAGAUCACUGAUUUGCCAUUUUGCAGCAUCUAGUUGGCUCAUCUGGAUUCGGUUGAUGUGAAUCCUUGCCAAGUUUUGUGGUUGGUCUUCGAGGGAUUAACCAUCGAGAACGGAAACAGACGCAUGGAUCUGAUCAAUUCUCGUUGA